AGAGGGACUUGGCCGGAGGUGGGAGGAAGCAGGGAAUCGGGGAUCGGGCUCUCUCGGCGCGGCCCGGAGGUGGAGGCGAAACGUGCAACUCCCCAAGAGCCCCGCGAGCGAGGGAGGCAAAGUUUCAGGUGCAGCUGCAGCGGCGGCGCCUCCGCCUCCGCCGCCUUUGCCCUCCGCGCUGCUCACCUUGAAGCCUGCGCCCGGGCGCGUAUGCGCGGCGGCGGCGAGGAGCUGCCUGUCCGUGUCUGCUCCUGCUCCUGCUCCUGCUGCCGAGCGGCGAGGGGUCGAGUCCAGGCGAGCGCAGCUUCAGGGCCGCCGAAGGGCUGCUUUUGUGCUUCGUCGGUAGACGAAUGUGGCUGUGUGUUGUGGAACCGCAUCAUAACAUUGUGAGUCAUCCAUCCCUCCCUCCCUCCUCCUCGACUCUCUUCCUUCCCACCCCCUCCCCUCUCUCAGCCUGCUGCUACGUCAGAGAGGGGCCGGAGACACGGAUCAGGGAGGGAGGGGAUAAGCAGGGGCCACCAGCACCACCGCAGCAGGGAUGCAAGGCGCAGUGGGCACGCUGGGGUGGAGAGAUCGGCGGAACGGGCAGCUGGCGACCAGGGAGCCGGGCAAGCGGGGGCGCUGCUGGGGUGGCUCCGGCGACAGGGAUGGCGAUGGGGAGGGAGAAGGACGCGCAGGUGAUAAAUCCCACGUUGCGCGCCCGUGGCAAACUCUGACGCAGGGAUAGAGGCGAGAGACGCAGCUCAGGGUCACGGGCUGCAAAUCUGCAAUAUCAUUCUCCGGUGCGCUUCUCCACCAUCACCCCAGCCCCCAAAACAUCUAGCCACUCACUUUAGGGCUUCCAGGAUCCUGGCGACACCCCGAAACGCAAAGGCCCAGAUCUCUCAACGCGCUUCAACCUUGACAGGCUCUGUCAUUGCUUAGACUUUCUCAUCGCUACCCCGCACCCCAGCAGGCUUCCCCUAACGAAUAGGUCGACAACCUCAUCAUUCCCUCCCCCUCCCCGCAACGUGGUUGCCAGACGAAUUUGGCCUUAGGAUCAAUGUGGGGCCAUUAACUCCAAGAGGAGUUUGGGCAUCCAGUUCUGUUGACGAGGAGUAGCAUCCAUUUAGUCUGUUACUAAGCAGCAGCAGGAAGACCAAACACGUCCUGCUGGUGCUAUAGAGACUAAGAAACACUAGCCUUCUUCCGUGGAAGCAUACACCACGCAGCCUGAAGGUACAAGUUGGAGGCACACCCAUCUGAUAUGAUAGAUCAGCUUCUGCCGCUUAAAAAUGUGCAAGCUUUUGAAUUCUUGAGUCCUUCUGCAAGCAGGUGCUGCAUCAAUGCAUCAAUGUUUGUUUUAAGGACUUCCACAGUCACCCAGUUCAUCUCCCUUAGGAAGGUUGCAUGCUAAACUAUUUUGUGUAUUUAUGUUUGCCUUGAGGAGCUGCAAUUGCUUCCGGUGCUAUAAGCCCCGAUUGAUGGAUCAAAACCCAAGUUGCCACAAGCUGAAUGAAAGUCAUGCAAGUAGGGCCCUAAUAAAACAAACAAACAGGCUGUUCUUGCUGUUCUAGAAUUACAGCACUCCAAGAUCCUUUGUACUUCAGUUUCCACCAAAGUACUAUGUCAUUUUCGUAAGUUGCAGACAUCUCAUUCUUUCCUUCUCAUUUUAACACUCAAAUAGUAGUAUAAAAACUGUUUGGGUCUUCUGUGGUUAAUAAGCCACCUUUAACAAGCCACAAAACAGGGGGGGAAAGGCUUUUUUUGAUUAACAGUGAUGUUUGCAGUUAAAUCAGUGGUCUGAUGCUCAGAACAUCAUUCUUGGUUGUGCUACUGACUUCAACAGACUUGAUCCAAUCAUGUUUGGUACAGAAGCAUCUGGAAGCUGUAUCUUGUUAUGUCCUUCAAAUAAAAAGGAUCCAAGAUCUCUGUCAUGGUAAUAGCGUUCUGAAGAUGACUCUAUUCUUGCUGAGGAUGAAUAUGGGCUGUACCAAAGGAAUUGAUUAUAUUGACUUAUACUUCGUUUCCUUUCUCAUUUUCGCUUAAUCUUUUUUCUCCCUACCUUUUGCUGCCUCUUUGAUCUCCUUCAAACUUAGCCUACAUCCAGACACCUAGGGUCCCUUUUAUUUAUAAUACUAUUUAUAGGCCCUUUGCCACUUUUUUGGCACAGCCCAUUCAAGGUGGUUCACAAUGUCAUAAAAACACAAUACAUACAGCAAUCCAAAAACUCAGCAACGGCAGCAGUGUUAGCAAAUACUUGAAAAGGUAGACCAGUUGAAACAAAACAGCAGUGUAAAUUCCCUGCAAAUGUAAAGAACUAUUUUAAAAUGGGUAGUUCCCCCCUGCCUCUGCCCCCCCCCAACAAUGAAGGCUUCAUUUAGGAGAGGGCAAUUCUGAAAUAAAUGGGCUUUUUAAACCCACUGAAAGGUUUGCAGGUUGGAGGCUAAAGAGCUGCAAGAGGAGAAAGUUCCACCGUCUGGGGACCACUUCCAAAAAGGCCCCCACCUACACUUGCUGUUGUUUCUGCUUCAGUCAGUAACUAAGUGGAGUGAGAAGGGUACCUUCCGUAGCUGCAACUGAAGAAUGGAGCAACAUGACAAAGCUAUGUAACAUCGUUGUGGUUUAAUAAUAAAAUAUUAUGAACAUUUUCCCUAAUUUAGAACUGACAUUUUAAAGGAUGCAAAUGGAAAAAGCAUAAAAUAUCCUGUUGGGUGGACCUGUUCAGGGCAGCAAGGCAGACUAAGGCAGGAAUCCCAUAGCCACUUGCCUUGAGUAGGCUCCAUUGAAAUCAGUGGGACUUACUUCUGUAUAUACAUGUAUAGGAUUCUUCCAUAAAUGACAUCCUUGCAACUUCAUUGCCUCUAAACUGCUGCUCAACCCAGUAAAGCACAUUUAGCUACUGAACAAUGCUGGAGGGAAGGAGAACUUUGUAAUGGUAUGACUGGAGAUUUGAGGGGGGGUGGGCAGUUACACCACAACUGACUCAGUGCAGAGUAGCAAGCAGCAGGUACAAUCUGAGUAGUAAGAACUUGGAAGUUCAUCAGUUGAACCCUUAAAACAAAACACUAUUUUGGGAAGACUUAGUACUGGCUUUGAUGCCCAACAUUGUGUAUUUUUCUAAGUAAACAAAUAGUAAAAGAGAAUCCGGGGGAAACCUGAAUUUCAUGAGACCUUUUGUGGCAUACGCUUUUAUAGUCUCUGGUCAAAGGAAGUUUAUUCCACAAUAAAUCGUUAGUGUGCUGCCUUGUUUUUCUUUGGGUAGAUGUUUGGUGAAUUUGUAACAAAUAAUCAAAGACCAUGCUAUGCCUUUUUCUGUCAGAAGAUGAGAAGCAGAAAUUAUUCAUGGCUGCAUGGGUUUAAUCUCUCUCUCUCUCUGUCUCUCUCUCUUUCUCUUUCUUUCUUUCUCUUUCUUCAGAACCACGGAGAGUGAAAUUUUCCAGAUGAGUGUUUUUGAUCUGAGGUGGUGAGAAGGAAAUAACCCUACACUAUAGAGUAGGAAACGUGCUUCUGCGGUUGUUUGUUUGUAUUUAGCAGCUGAACAACAAAGGGUUAACAAUGGAGGUCAGAAACUACAUUUCCCAGCGGGCCGCGCGAACACCAACCGCUUCCCCGUCAGGUAAUUGAAGGAGGCGGAGGCGGCUCAGGGGCAUGCGUACAUCACACAAUCGCUGCGGCCGUCACUUCCAGGGCAACCGACACUUCCGUUGCCUGGCCCGAUCCGGGACUCGUGUGGUUGGAUCCCUGUGGAUUCAGUAGGUGGGUGACUUUCCUCAGCUCCUCAAGGCCUCGGGUCGGUUUCCAUGGAGACGUGCAGCCUUCGCGAAGGCAGGAGCGCAACUGCCUCUUCGUGGGGAAGAGUCUUGCCCGUCGCCUCGCCUUAGGCCCCUUCCCCUCUGUGCUGCCGGGCAGGCACUGAAACGCGGCGAUAGCUGCGCGGUUGUCCACACUCGAAACGGGGUGGGGGUUGAAACCCCAAUGGGGAAGCAGUGUGUCGCCUAGUGUCAACGACAUAUGGAUAGUUCCGAAUCUUUGGCUGUUGGUUAAAUCUAGAACGGUUUCGCUUCUACGGAAUCGAAACUGUUCCAGAUGGAUCAAAAUGACAGAUCAGCAACAUUCAGCCCCAGGAUCGAUCUCCUCCCCCCUCUGUACAAUGCCAAUUCAGUAGUUAAGCAUGUGGGGAAAAGGUUGCCACUAGAAGUCUUGCUGAGACUCUGCUGUGGUAUGGGAGCACUGGCCUGCUCCCCUCCACCCUCUCUUCAGAAGGAUCCUCCAGUGAAACUGGUUGCUGACUAGGGACCUAAAUAAAACGGAGCCUUAGCUGUCUUCAGAUGGAGCCACCAGGCACACAUUCAUAGCCAGCCCAUGCAGCCUAUAAGUGGCACAUCAUCCAGCUUACAAUAUGUACCACAAGCAAAAGAAGAGGGAUGGACGAAGUUUGUGCUGUACUGUGUUUGCACAAUCAUCUCUCAGUUUAAGCUGAGAUGUGCAGAAGCUUCAAGCAUUUUCAGGCAGCUCAUUUGGCAAAACAGCUCAUAAAGCUAUGGUUAAUCGUUGCUGCCAAUGGCUUCUAAAGCCAGAAUAUAAAGCUAUGGUUUAAAGUUGGCUUCCAGAUCCUGGAUCAUUUGGAAGCAAUUCACUGUUGUUCCUGGUUUGUAUGUGAAGGGAAGCUGUGGCUAACUUCAGUUUCUUGGCUUGUUUGUUCAUUCACACAAAGCAUGGUGCAUAGGGGAUGUGUGCAGGUGUCGGAAAGUUGUGCAUAUCUUGGCUGAUUAAGCUGAGAUUUGAGUGUGAUCUUUACAAUUCUGUGAUCUUUACAAUUCAAUGUAUAGUUUAACAAGCCCAUCCAGAUCGUUUAGGCCACUGAUAAUAAGCAGUCCCCCAGCAACGGCAAACCCUCAGACUCCCUGGACCACCUGGGGAAACUUCCUGCCUAACCAGAAACAUAUUUAGGUUAGAGAAUAAACAGGAAAGCAAGGUGUCCACCCUUUGAAAAAUGCAUAUAUAAUAGGGGGCAUUUUUGUCCAACUUAACAUGUUAUGUAAAAUGGGACACCAGGAGAGGAAAGAUACCUCAGUACUUUUGCAAGCUUUCUAACAAGAGUAGAUGUUUCAUUUUUAAAACAUGAGUUGGUUUAAUUAAUAUUUUUUUUUGUAUCCAUAGCAGUUGCAAAGGAAACAAGAUGGCAGAGGAAGCUGGAGAUGAAAAGAAACUGGUGGCCAAGUUUGAGUUGGAGAGGGAGACUGAGCUCCGCUUUGAGGUUGAAGCUUCACAAAUGGUCCAACUAGAGCUUCUGACAGGCAUGGCUGAGGUCUUUGGAACGGAACUGACACGCAACAAGAAAUUCACCUUUGAUGCUGGUGCCAAAGUGGCUGUCUUCACCUGGCAUGGCUGUUCAGUACAGCUAACUGGUCGGACUGAAGUAGCCUACGUCUCCAAGGACACUCCCAUGCUGCUGUACCUCAACACCCAUACAGCCCUGGAACAGAUGCGGUGGCAGGCUGAGCGUGAGGAUGAACGGGGACCUCGUGUCAUGGUGGUGGGCCCCACAGAUGUAGGAAAGUCAACAGUCUGCCGUCUGCUGCUGAAUUAUGCUGUGCGCCUAGGGCGCCGGCCCACUUUUGUGGAGCUGGAUGUAGGGCAGGGCUCAAUCUCUAUCCCAGGCACCAUGGGGGCACUCUAUAUUGAGCGGCCUGCAGAUGUUGAAGAAGGCUUCUCGGUUCAGGCCCCUCUGGUCUAUCACUUUGGGUCCACCACACCUGGCACUAACAUCAAACUCUAUAACAAGGUAAGCAGCAUAUUUGAAGUAGUAUGUGAUAUGGUGAUCCUUUGCAUGCAUCCUAGGCUCAUGGAGCUGGGCUGGGCUAGGUUUUUUAUAUCCUUAUCAAACCGAGAAUAGGGAUGAUAGUUAGAAAUUGAAUUUCCAUUUUCACCUUUGACUAUGUUAUGCUGGAGGACAAACAAGAGAUGGCUAGUCAAUAAAUUAUUAUCAUGAACCCUGUUAAUCUGCUUCAGCAUGCUGUUAUAUUCCAACUGUCAUUAAUUUGGAGACCAGCAUGUAGAUGUAGGGCUGCCUAAGCCUUUUUAUUUGAACAGGCAUAGGCACCUGCAACUCUUCAUAGGACUAGGCUAGGUUAAUGGUCGAUAACUCUUCAGAUCCUUAUCUUUUAUACAAGGCAAUAAACUAAAAUAUGCUGGUUUUACUUAUCUAAGGAGUAAAUUGUAUAAGACAAGACUGUUUAGGGAGAGUCUUGUUAAUAUAUUUGACUUGGAUAACAGACCUGUCUCUGAUUAAAUAAAAUACUUAAAAACCACACCAAUGAAACUCCAGAUCGUUAUCCUUUACACAAAGACAUUAACACAAGACAUGCUGGUUUUACUGGUUUGAGAAGUAAAUUGUGUAAGGCAGGACAGUUUAGGAAGGAUCUUGUUAAUAUGUUUGACUUGAUGUGUCUCUGAUGAAGGCAAAUAUUUAAAAUAAAAACACUGAUAAUUUCAUUAUUAAAGAAAAUAUUAAUGAAGACAACAUCUGCGCUGAAUAAACAUAUGAUGCUGCUUGGUUGAUCUAGAAACUUCUCUUUAAAACAGCAGGCUUUUGUCUUUUGCAAACACAGUGAAUUGGUCAUGGAGCUUAUUUCAGCUUAACUCCCAUCAAAAUCCAACAAUAUCUGGAGGGCAGCAGGUUGGGGAAGGUAUGCUGUGCCUCUUAAGUUUCCAACUUAUUUCUCUGGCAUCUACAGUUAAAAGGUUCUCAGGUCACCGGCUUGGGAAAGUUAUUGAGGCCGUGCAGAACUGCUGCUAGUCCGAGUAGACAAUUAUGGGCUAAUUGUAUAAAUGGUCUGGCUCAGAAUAAGCAGCUUCAUAUGUUUAUAGAAAAGUAAUACAGAUUCACUUUUGAAAAGCAGGGUGGGGUGUGACUAAGGUAAAACUUCAGUAUUGGUAAACAAUCUGGAGAUUUCCAAGGAUGGAAGCUUCUAAAAGAGGCCAGCUAACUUCAUUUCAUAAGACUUUCACCCAUGAGAUUUGUGUGGUUUCCUGUUGGUUAAUGCUGCUGCUUCAUCUUUUUCUGCAGAUUACAUCCCGCUUGGCCGAUGUAUUUAACCAGCGCUGCGAGGUGAACCGCCGGGCUUCGGUCAGUGGCUGUGUCAUCAAUACCUGUGGCUGGGUGAAGGGAUCUGGGUACCAGGCACUUGUGCAUGCUGCCUCUGCCUUUGAAGUUGAUGUUGUGGUAGUUCUGGACCAGGAGCGCCUCUACAAUGAGCUGAAGCGGGACUUGCCUCAUUUUGUUCGGACAGUGCUGCUCCCUAAAUCAGGUGGAGUGGUCGAGCGCUCCAAGGACUUCCGGCGGGAGUUUCGUGAUGACCGCAUACGCGAAUAUUUCUAUGGUUUCCGAGGAAGCUUCUACCCACAUGCCUUUGAUGUGAAGUUCUCUGAUGUCAAGAUAUACAAAGUGGGCGCCCCCACUAUCCCUGAUUCCUGCCUGCCUCUGGGCAUGUCGCAGGAAGACAACCAACUCAAACUGGUACCAGUUACACCUGGGCGUGACAUGGUACACCAUCUCUUAAGUGUUAGUACUGCUGAUGGCACUGAUGAGAACAUCUCUGAAACAAGUGUGGCUGGUUUCAUUGUAGUCACUGGAGUUGACCUUGAACGCCAGGUCUUCACCGUGCUUUCACCAGCACCUCGCCCGUUGCCCAAGAACUUUCUGCUCAUCAUGGACAUUCGUUUCAUGGAUCUUAAGUAGUACCGGCCUUUGCAAGAAAAUGAUAAGACUCCACCAGGCAACUGCUAGCUCCCUCACAAACAAACCCAUUACAAUCCUGGAUGGAACAGCAUCUCACAUGGACCAGGCAAGAGAGAGAAAGCAGUCACAAUAAGGGAUGAACAUAGUUUGAACAAUUUGAAAUAGUCCUUUCUGUUUUCUCUUCAUUGUUGGAAUGAAUCCCUGAGUAGAAUGGUAGAAGAUGAAGCUUAGAAAAUUCAUGGGUUUGACUUGUUGAACCGCUAUAAUGGACAAAAGUGUUGUCUGCUAGCUAGUUAAUUGGUCUCCUUUGAGGUGUCAUUCAUUUAAACUGGUCUUAUCUGAAAGUGACAAUAGUGUAAAGAGGGCAUUUUUUUUUAAAAAAACCUUUAUAUAUAGAUAUUUUUAACUUUAAUAAAUUCCCAAAUAUUGAUAGUU